UGCUAACUUUAAGCUAACGAGCUUCUGCAUUAGAACUAAAUGAACAUCCUCAGCUGCGGACUUUUAGCGUAUUUUGACCCGUUUUAAGAAACGUUCAUUUUAACCCGUUAGCUGACCGUGUUAGCAUCUCUUUUUAUACAGAGUGUAGUUUAGCACUGAGGCACUAAAAGGCUCCUGAAGAGCUGCUGCAGCAGUUAGCUCGCUCUGCUAGCAUCCGCACACACAGUCUAUGUUAGCAUUCAGGCAGGUGCGGCUAGCUCCGGUAGCGGUUAGCUUGUUGGGCUAACUCAGCAGGAUGGACCUGUUCGAUGACCUGCCGGAACCGACACAGACCUCCGCUCCGGUUUCUGCGGCGCUCACAGCUCAACCACAGAACACCAAAGAAGAAGAGGAGGAGGAGGAGAAGGGAUUAAAACGGAAACGAGAAGAUGCAGAACAUCACUCCGAUAGAACGGCGCGAGAGGAGGAGUGUGGGGAGAUCAAGAAAGUUUGUAAAGAAGGCCUCCCCAGGCUCAGAGGCUUCGUGGCGGCGAGGCGAGGCGAGCGCGAGGAGAUGCAGGACGCUCACGUGAUGCUGCCGGACAUGAGCAGCUGCCUGCCGACGCUGCCGGGACACGUGUCUCGAGUCUCGUACUUCGCCGUCUUCGAUGGUCAUGGUGGAGCUCGAGCGUCUCAGUUCGCCGCCGAACAUCUUCACCACACUCUGGCCAAAAAGUUCCCCACCGGAGACCCUGAAAACAUGGACAAGCUGAUUAAAAAGUGUCUCCUGGACACUUUCCGACAGACGGACGAGGAAUUCCUGAAGAAAGCUUCCAGCCAGAAGCCGGCGUGGAAGGACGGAUCCACGGCCACGUGUGUGCUGGUGGUGGACGACAUGGUGUACGUGGCCAACCUGGGAGACAGCAGGGCGGUGUUGUGUCGGAUGGAGGCGGCGGCAGCAGACGGUCAGAGGAAGCCGGUGACUCUGGCGUUGAGUAAAGAACACAACCCGACCAUCUAUGAGGAGAGGAUGAGGAUCCAGAGGGCCGGAGGCACCGUCAGGGACGGCCGGGUGCUCGGCGUCCUCGAGGUGUCGCGCUCCAUCGGAGACGGUCAGUACAAACGCUGCGGAGUGAUUUCAACGCCGGACCUGAGGAGGUGUCAGCUCACAGCCAACGACAGGUUCAUCAUUCUGGCCUGCGACGGUUUGUUCAAAGUGUUUUCAGCCGAUGAAGCUGUAAAGUUCGUCCUCAGCGUCCUCCAGGGCGGCAGCGUGGAGCAGCACCCAGAGCUGACGGAGGAGGAGCUGAAGUUGGAAGCCGCCUGCCAGCAGUUGGCCGGCGAGGCGGUGAGACGAGGCUGCGCCGACAACGUCACUGUGAUCCUCGUUUCUAUUGGUUACUGAAUGUACGCAUCAUCAUCAUCUUCAUCAUCGUCAUCAUCGUCAUCAUCAUCAUCUGAAUUCUGCUCGUCGUCGUCUCGUCCAUUUUCCAAUAAAAGCCUUUUUUCUUUA